UCAACCGCCGAGUCCCUUCAUGGCAGGGUCCCAGAGGCUGGGUUGAUUUUCAAGAAUUGCAUACAACACCCAGGUCCUUAUCGGGUCUGAACCCUGGACCGGCUGUCAAAAAAAGAGCAGCUCCGUUUUUACCGUCAGUAUAAAGCACACGAUCAGAGGGGCAUGAGUCUUCCACCUUUCCCCUCAACUAACAUACACACCCCCACAUUGUUCCAUACCAUUGCAUUCCACACAACAUCUCACAAUGCACCUUUUAGCGUCAAUCAUCAUUCUACUAUCUAUUUCUCUGAAUCUUGAAGCUUCCUCCCGUGUUGCGCCGAGUCCGAAUUUUCAGUGUAACGACCCCUUCCGUCCCCUGGUUGUCUGUGGACUUAAGUACACUGAUGAAGAUACCGGUGCAAAGUGGUACAGCUUGGCCGGACCGACCAUCGUAAGGCAAAAGUACAAGCAAUACAACUGUGGCUACACCGAUAUGCUUUGUUGUGCAGACUAUACGAUAUCCAGAAUACGCGCAGAACCUACUACUAUCUACCAAUCAACUGUCAAUCAGUGGUGUGUUACCGGAACAAUUGCAAAAUGAAACGGCGGAGGAAAGAAGAGCUACAUAGAUGAAAGUUGUACAUAAACAUGAAUGCUCUUGAUUGUCCAAAUUGUACAUAUUUUUCAAAAGUAAAAGCACAUGACUGAUUGUUUAAGCUCUG